AUGGCCGAAGACAUGAAUAUAAAUCCGCAACGCGCACAGCAGCUGGCCGAAAAUGUCGCUAGCAUAUCCUCGCGCAUCAAUGCCGUGAGCAAAGGCAACAAGCGGGUCCGCCUCAUAGCUGUCUCGAAACUGAAGCCUGCAAACGAUAUCACCGCCCUGCACCAGCCGCCCGAUCCUAUACAAACUCAUUUCGGUGAAAACUACGUCCAAGAACUGCUUGAAAAGGCAAAGAUCCUGCCCCGCUCGAUACGAUGGCACAUGAUCGGUGGUCUGCAAUCGAACAAAUGCAAACAACUGGCCGAGCAAAUACCAAAUCUGUGGUGCGUGAGCAGUGUGGACAGCGAGAAGAAGGCGAAUGAGCUGGAGAAAGGACGCAAAGCGCUGUUGGAAAAAGACGGCAGCGCAGAGAAGCUCAGGAUAAUGGUACAAGUGAAUACUUCAGGCGAGGAGAGCAAGUCGGGAGUUGAGCCGCAGGAUGCGCUUCCUCUAUGUAAACAUAUCAUUGAGAAAUGUCCACAUCUGCAGCUCGCGGGUUUCAUGACCAUCGGCUCGAUAGCGAGAAGCAAAGUGACGACACCGGAGAAUGAAAACGAGGAUUUUGUUACACUGAGAGAGACAAGGGAUAAGGUCGCAAAGGAGCUUGGCUGGGAAGAGAGCAAACUAGAGUUGAGUAUGGGUAUGAGUGCGGACUUUGAGGGCGCGAUUCGCAUGGGCAGUGACGAGGUUCGAGUGGGAAGCGAUAUUUUUGGGGAAAGGCCGCCGAAGAAGGAUGCUGUUAUUAAGGAGAAGGAGGCAGAAGAGAAGAACUGA